GCUAACUCUCCACUGCCCAUUUAGCAUACAUAUGUUGCUCGAGGUUUAGCAAAUAGCAAGACACGAGCAUUGGACGAGUGCAGCAAGGAUAUGCUCCCGUUGAGUUAAAAUAAGCACUUUUCUCCACGUUACCACACAUCACAGAGCACUCCAGUAACAAUGUCAGGAAUUAAAAGGAAAAUAGAAGGGAGUGAUCCAGACUAUGAUGAAAUUUCAUUGGUUCAAAGUAAUAAGAGAAACAAAACGGCAGAACAUAAUGCUCGUGAAGCGACAGUACAGAAGAUUGAAGACAUAAUCAGAGAGCAGUUCUCUUUGGAAAUGAAGAACAAAGAGCAUGAAAUAGAUGUUAUAAGCCAGCGCCUAAAUGAAGCCAGAAGGAUGAUGGACAAACUACGGGCAUGCAUAGUGGCCAAUUACUUUGCCAGUGCUGGAAUGACAAAGCCUCCAGAGCAUACCUUGAAAAGUGACCCAGCAGUGUUGAACCAUCCAGCCAUCCGCCGCUUCUUGGAGUCUCCAUCCCGUUCCUCAUCCCCUCUCAACCAGGGCUCAGAGACACAAUCCCUAGCCCAUUCAGAGUGCGAAUCUCUCUCACAGCAAGAAGAUGGAGUGGAGAGAAACGGAGAGGGAAUGUGGAAAGAGGAAAGCGGCAAGCAGGAGCGCAGACCAGGGCGAAACACUGGAAAAGACACGUUUGGUGUUCCUUCACCUAUGGAAGCAGAGCAGAGGGUGACCUAUCACACUACUGGUGAUGAAGCCUCCAGACUCUAUGUUAAGAAGACCAUUGUUGUGGGAAACGUCUCCAAAUACAUCCCCCCAGAUAAACGGGAAGAGAACGAUCAGUCGACCCAUAAGUGGAUGGUUUAUGUCAGAGGGUCCAGGAGAGAGCCGAGCAUCGACCACUUUGUGAAGAAAGUCUGGUUCUUUUUGCACCCCAGCUACAAGCCUAAUGAUCUGGUGGAAGUCAGCGAGCCUCCCUUUCAUUUAACGAGACGCGGAUGGGGGGAGUUUCCUGUGAGAAUCCAGAUCCACUUCAAAGACUCUCGCAACAAACGCAUCGACAUCAUCCACCCGUUAAAGCUGGACAGAACGUACACCGGGCUGCAGACACUGGGAGCAGAAACUGUGGUUGAUGUGGAACUUCAUAGAGAUUCUCUUGGGGAAGACUACAUGCCUAAACUCUCCUCUUCCUCCUCCUCUAACAAAGUGGCUCUAAAAGCAGCGAGUCCCAUGUCAACAUCGUCCUCAGCCCAGACGUCUGGACACCCUAGCUCUCCGGUCUCACAUGAUUUUGUUGCUGGAAAAGGUUGCCUAAAAGCAGAGGUGGCGAGGUCUGGUCAUAAUUCAGGCCUUGCUGCUGGUGAGCGCACUCCAACGAGACCUAGACCUGGUGACAGGGUCACUCUGGGUUCCCAUGGCAACUCUGCCUUCCAGCCAAUCACAGCAAGCUGUAAAAUAGUUCCCCAGGGACAAGCACCCAGCCCCGCUGAGUCUCCUGGGAAAUCGUUCCAACCAAUCACCAUGAGCUGUAAAAUAGUCUCAGGUUCGCCGGUCUCCACUCCCAGCCAUUCACCGCUGCCUCGGACACCCACCACCUCCACCCCUGUCCACAGCAAGCAGAGCACCUCCUCUGCUCUGAACAACCCAUACAUUAUAGUUGAUAAACCUGGCCAGAUGAUCAGCAUGGCGUCCUCAUCUGCUACCUCCACAGGAACAUCUUCUGCCAAACAGACUCAAGGCACUCGCUCUCCUGCACCUAAGGUUCACACUGGCACUCUCCUUUCAUCGGGGGUCAAGGUUCUAAUCAAGCAGGAGCCUGGCGAAGUUACAACACAGCAACAGCAGAUGGUUUCCACAGUAACCAGCCAGCAGCAACCUGCUGCUGCUGCAGCCCACCAGUUUGUCGCAGUGAAAGGAGGUCACAUGAUCUCCAUGUCGAGCCAGAAACGGGCUGGAGAGGCCACAGGUUCCACAACUAGCAAGGUGUUGGGUAUUCCUGUGAGCUCAACUCUUCAGUCUUCAGUGAAACAGGUGGCCAUCAGCAGUGGACAGAUUCUGGUUGCAAAGGGCAGCCCAUCUGUCUCCAAGGUGAUGGGAGGGAAGCAGGUUCUGGCUCAGGGAGUGGCUAAAGCCAUUGUCAGUGGAGCUGGCAGUAUCACGGGUCAGCCAGGCGGCGCCAAGGCUGCUGGUGGCUCAGGCGGCAAGAGUGGAGUGAUGGCUACUCUUCAGCUGCCAGCGAACAAUUUGGCCAACCUGGCCAAUUUACCCCCAGGUACCAAACUCUACCUAACCACCAACAGUAAGAACCCAUCAGGGAAGGGAAAGCUGCUUCUCAUUCCACAAGGUGCCAUCCUCAGAGCCUCUGGGGCAAGUCACCAGUCCCAGAGCGGCUCGUCAACAAGUGCAAGCGGCUCUCAGAACUCCUCAUCCUCCUCAUCUUCAAGCAGCUUACCUUCCAACCUCUCCUAUACAUCUUAUAUUUUAAAGCAAACCCCACAGGGUACGUUCCUGGUUGGUCAGCCAUCCCAGGGAUCAGGGAAGCAGGGGAAUUCCAGUUCGGCCAGUCAUUCAGGAUCGUCUGCAGCUACCUCCACCCAGCAGGCUAUCCGGGUGACGGCUGGACAGAAGGCGGCCAUCUUGGCUCAGGUUGUUGGCAGCUCACAGGGUGCACAGUUGAAGCUGUCAGAUGGUUCUGUGAAGACAUUAUCAACCCCAGGAGCAACUCAGAUGUCCAAGCCGGGUACCACCACACUGAGGAUGACAGGCGGAGUCAUAACAGCUGCCUGCUCAACCCCCGUCAGUACAGCAGGAGCAGCAGCAAAUCAACAACAGGCUGCUGAUGGUGGAAAGCCUGCCUCUCAGCCCCACUCACUCCUGGUGUCAACCAACCAAGCAGCGGUCAUCAGCGCAGCAAAAAACACCAGUGCUACCGGUUGCAGCAGCCUGUCCAAGGCAGCGGUGGCUUCUUUGGUCAAAGGAGCUGCCACAGUGACCAAGAGCGCCACUGGAUCAACUGGGGCGGUGGUGUCGCUCCCAAAAGGGGUCACAAACAUGCCUGUCGUCAGCAUGUCCAAAGGAGCUGGUGUGGGCACCGUGGUGGGUGUUCCCAAGAGCGGCGGAUCCUCUUUAGUUCCAGCAUCGUCGUUAGUCAGCGGGGUGGCAGCUGGAGGAGGAAAGACAAGUGCCGCCCUCUCAGGCAUGUUGAAGAUUCACUCUGCAGGCUCCAGCUCUCAGCAGACAGUCCUAACUAUCCCUGCUAAUCAGCUGAAGCAGCUCGGAGUUGGCGCUGGCUCUGCCGGGCUCCAAACCAUAUUUAUGCCUGUUGGUAAAGUGGUGUCUAAAGGCCCAGUUUCCAACAGUGCUUCCUCCUCCUCUACAUCCACACCCCUUGGAGCUGCUGGAGCUUCCUUAAGCCCUGCCAGCCAGAUCCCACUAUCACUAGUCCCACCUCUGGCACAAGUGAAAACGGAACCCAGUUCUGGCCCAGCAGUCACAGCUGGUCCAUCCACCCCUGUUUCUAUGCCGGCUCCAUUAUCGUCCCAUGUCCCAUCUGCAGCUGCUGCUGUUAAGCAGGAACAAGGAGCAGAUACAUCCGCACAUGAUCUCAUCAACACUGAACACAUAGAAACGAUGAUGCAGCUGCUAACUGCUGUGGUCAAGAAGUUCCCUCUAAUUGUACCAGAUAAGACUGAGGAUUCCCAUCCAUUCUGUGCUUCUUCAGUAGAACAGUAUUAUUCUUGGAAUAUUGGAAAACGCAGAGCAUCAGAGCUUCAGCGUGCAGUUGCAGUGAAACGGGUUGUCCAGGACGUCCUGGAUCGCUCACCUCGGCUACAGGCCCUUACACCCCCAAAGACCAAAGAGGUUGUCCAGUGGUGCCGACAAAGGGGCUUCACUCCACCUGACCCUGAGCCCCAACUCAGGAAGGAUGAUGAGUCCAUCGAGGACAUCCUCACACAAAUCGAUAACGAACCUGAGUGCCCAUCGACCCUCAGCAACUAUGAGGAGCUGGUUCUGCGGUUGGAACAGAUGCAAGCCCUGCUGAAGACUGAACCUGAGGAGGAAGAUGAUGAAAUAGUCGACAUUGUCACAGUGACUCCUCCCUGCCAGAAGCUGAAGGUCAAGGAAGAGGAGCAGGAAACUGACGUGGAGCCCAAGUUUUUCCUCGGUCCCUGCAUGUCCUCUCAGUUUAUCAGUGAAACAGCUCAGCAGGUUGGCGUAACAUUUCAACCAGUAGAAGUGGAGAAGAAUGUGUUUGCUCCAGUAAUCGAAGCAAUGAUUUUAAAGGCUACAGAGCAGUUUGCCAGCGAUAUCCUGAGAGAAGCUCUGGCUGGUGCCUACGCUAAAUCUCCUCCAAACAGAGCACCAAGGGAGAUCACAGCCAUGAACAUCCACCAAGCCGUCAGUAGCAUCCCAACCUGUGACUUCCUCACAAAUGCACACAUGGGUUGCCUGACUAAGGACACCUGAGGCCAAACAGAAUCUGACUUUGAGUAGAAGCGGACGUGUUAAACGGACGGGGAGCCAUAAGGAAGAGACGCUUCUCUUGACGUGAAUAAAUGCGUCCAUAGUCGGUCCCAUUGGCUCAGAAGGCGCAGCAACAGCUGAAUUCAUGAACUCAAUGAGUGAAGGGCUCAGCUUGCUCCAGAGCUGCUGAGUGACAAACCUUUUUAAUACUUUGUGUGGUCGCCUUUUAUUUCUGUUGGAAAGAAGCCACAUCAUGAUGUCUGUGUUAUUUAAUUCAGUGUAGCUGUUCUUCUCUCAUACCUCAUAACAACAUUAUUUCAGUGAUGAAGUGUUCAUACCAGAGAGGUGCUCGUAGGGGAAAUAAACCCUGUGUGAAUUAUGGAGCUAGAAACUGUCCUCCCUGCAGUCUCUUUGGGUUUGAUGCAUUGGAUUUCUGUUUUUGUUUUUCUUUUAGCUGGAGGAAGCUGUGAUUUACAGCAUAUUAAGAACGCUAAUGAUAAUCUGGGUGUUCUCUCUCUGGGUACUUUAUAUCCAACAAGAGGUUCUCCCAAAGGUGUUGCUGCUAUGGCAACGAGUGAUCAUCAUCACCCAUACCCUUUAUCCUUUUAAUGUCUUUCAGUGUUACCCAGCCAGCAGAAAUAAUUAUAAUGCAACGGUAAAAUACAAGUUUGCUGACUUUUUUUUUUCUUCAUAAAACUUGUUUUUGUCUGACAUUUGACACUAGUUGAAUGAUUUUCAUUGUGAGCUAGUGGUUAUCAUUCACAAUAGUUGGAACUGUUGUCAUAUCCAUCAUGCUAUGUAUGAUACUCACCAGUACUCACCACUGACAUUUGUUAAUUUUUGGUUGUCCAGUGUAAGUGACGUUUUUAACCUUCAAAGCUUCAGCAGAGUGAGCAGAUAGUGGAAAUACAGACCUGAAAUAAGCAGCAAAAUGGUUUCUAUAUGGGGAAUGGUGUGCAUAACCAGUACGUGUAUUAGGAUGCAUUCAAAUAGUAUUUAAAUGUUUAGUUUUUUUCUGUUUACCAUGAAAAUAUUUAUUUGUACCUAAACAACUGAGUAUGCGUGUUCUUCUUAGAGUAAAUGAAAUUAUUUGGUGAGUAUUAAGUGUUUGUCAUUUAAUAAACAUGAGCGUGUGUGCUGUUGAGCUUUGAGUGAAAGGAAACGUAAGCUGAUUGGCCUGUUUAACCGAAUGAAACCAUUGUACAAAAUACUGAAACCCUGUUUUGUAUUUUUUUUUUUGUGCAAACCAAAAAUAUGAUCAAUAUUCUUAUAAUAAACAGAGUAAAAUCUUUCUUAAAAUCUUGGAGAU